UCGCCUUCACCCUCGAGACAUCUGUUUCUACACCUCGUCUUCAACUCCGCCGACGUCUACUUUUUCGAGAUUGAUUCUCUUGUCCGCAUAGCAGCAGCGCCUGUUUUCUGUAGUUCCCACCUCCUUUUCCUGCAACUCCCUAGAUACCCAUAAGUCGCCGUCACAGCCGUCACAAUGGCCUCUCCACAGAAGAUCCGCACCCCAAUCACUGAUCUGCUCAAGAUCCAGCACCCCGUCAUCCUGGCCGGCAUGAACGUCGCCGCGGGCCCCAAGCUGGCCGCCGCCGUCACCAACGCUGGUGGUCUCGGAGUCAUCGGCGGCGUCGGCUACACCCCGGACAUGCUGCGCGACCAGGUCGCCGAGCUCAAGUCCUUCCUCGUCGACAAGAACGCCCCCUUUGGCGUUGACCUGCUGCUGCCCCAGGUCGGCGGCAACGCGCGCAAGACCAACUACGACUACACCAAGGGCAAGCUCGGCGAGCUGAUCGACGUCGUCAUCGAGUCGGGCGCGCGCGUCUUCGUCUCGGCCGUCGGCGUGCCGCCCAAGGAGGUUGUGGAGCGCCUGCACAAGGCCGGGAUCGUGUACAUGAACAUGAUUGGCCACCCCAAGCACGUGGCCAAGUGCGUCGCGCUCGGCGUCGACAUCAUCGUGGCCCAGGGCAGCGAGGGCGGCGGCCACACGGGCAACGUGCCCACGACGGUGCUGAUCCCGGCCGUCGUGGCGGCCUGCAAGGGCCACAAGUCGCCCCUGACGGGCGCGCCCGUCCAGGUCGUGGCCGCCGGCGGCAUCCACAACGGCCAGCUCCUGGCCGCCGCCCUCAUGAUGGGCGCCUCGGCCGUCUGGGUCGGCACCCGCUUCAUCCUGACGCACGAGGCCGGCGCGCCCGACUCGCACAAGGACGCCGUCCGCACCGCCUCGUUCGACGACACCAUCAAGACGCUCAUCUUCACGGGCCGCCCGCUCCGCGUGCGCAAGAACCCCUACAUCCUCAACUGGAAGAACGAGCGCGCCGCCGAGCUCAAGGAGCUGACGUCCAAGGGCGUCCUGCCCUACGAGGCCGACCUCGACAAGGUCAUGAGCGGCGAGGGCUCCAUCCCGGGCGUCGAGUCCACCACCCAGGCCGCCGCCGCCGCCGGUGGAGACAAGCCAAAGGUCGAGUCCGAGGAGGACGUCGACAUUGACGAGCUCAUGGACCAGUUCAGGCCUUUCCUGAUGGGCAAGUGCGCCGCCGUCUGCAACGAGGACAAGUCGGCAAAGGAGGUCGUCGACGAGUUUGUCAACGACGCCGCCGAGGUCCUGGCACAGGGUGCCGGGUACGUCAAGGCUGCUGCUGCCAAGCUGUAAAUUAGACUGCUUCUCUUGUUUUCUUUCCCUUGUACCUUGGAUUAUAUGACGAGCAUCUUCUUUUUGUCUCAACACUCGGCUUGAUUUUGCAUCCGUCACCGCUGUCAGAGUUCUCAUGUCAGCCAUCUGUCUGGUGUUUGGAUAAUUGAUAAAAUCGACUUGUUUCUGUUAUUUCCCAGCGUCUUCACUUGGUCGUAUACUCAAAAGCGCACGUAGCAUCAUGUUCUCUAUCCGUCUAGACACGCCGAGCUUGUGUCCAACUUUUUCCAUAGUUCUCCAUCCACACACACACACACACACACACACACAUCUGCGCACUGUAAUCCUCCGGAUCCACGAGAAAACAAAUCAAGACGGUAGACCAAGACAUGCAGCAGAAAUGAGCAUCAAAUAGACGCCAACAUCAGCACCAACCAGCCGGUGUUAUCAUCUGAGAGGGUCUAGUCCGGCUCGCCCUGCACCUCGUCCUUCAUUAAAAACAAAACCCAUCAUAAAAAAUAUGACAAAUUUCCCUUCGCCCCCAGGCCCCAUGAGAAUGCGCAUCUACCAUCUCACAAAAUACAAAAAAAGCCCACGCUUCUGCCGCC